GAGUCCGGAACCGCCGCCUCCAACUCUGAGAAGUCAAGCGCCCGACCAGAAACUUGCGCGAUCGCGCCCGCGGCCACCCCCAGCCAGGCCAGGGGCACCCACGGCCUCCAGUCUGCCAUCCCCAGGAACCAUGUCGGGCAGGUCGGUUCGAGCCGAGACCAGGAGCCGGGCCAAAGAUGAUAUCAAGAGGGUCAUGGCGGCUAUCGAGAAAGUGCGCAAAUGGGAGAAGAAAUGGGUGACUGUUGGCGACACCUCCCUACGGAUCUACAAGUGGGUCCCUGUGACGGAGCCGAAAGUUGACGACAAAAACAAGAAUAAGAAGAAAGGCAAGGAUGAGAAGUGUAGCUCCGAGGUGACUACUCCGGAGGACAGCUCGUCACCAGGGAUGAUGGACAUGCACGACGAUAACAGCAACCAGAGCUCCAUAGCGGACGCCUCUCCCAUCAAACAGGAGAACAGCAGCAACUCCAGCCCUGCCCCCGAGCCCAACGCACCUGUGCCCAGUGACGGCCCCGAAGCCAAGGCCGACGAGGCGCAGGCCGACCGGAAAGAGCACCCUGGAACUGAAGAUGCCUCUGACGAGCAGAAUUCACAGUCCUCGAUGGAAAACUCAAUGAACAGCUCAGAAAAAGCGGACCGGCAGCCAUCUGCAGAGUCGGGGUUGGCGGCUGCAGAAGCUUCCGCAGUCUCUCAGGAUUUGGAAGGAGUGCCGCCCCUCUAAAAAGAUGAAGCUGGAAUGCUCUCAACAGAACUCUGAAGAGAUGUAGACGCCCAGUGGAACCCUUUGGUCCAUGUUUCAUGGCAGGUACCUCCGCAGGCUUAAUCCUAGAACGUCGCCCAAGCGAUUCCUCUCGGGGGCGAACAGAACUAACGUUUCAAGUUUACUAAGUGCAAAUCCAAGAAAAACCCCAGAACGGCGGAACUUCUCAGACACUGACAAACUCUGCUGUGAAGCGGAAACCCUCGAGCGACUGUCCCUGGGGAGGCGGGUCGACAGCUCAGGAGUGUGUCUGCACACUGUCUCGGAAGCCAAGAUUACAUUUGUGUUGCUGCUGUAUCCCCCCCACCCCCACCCCCACUUCUCUAUUUAAUGAUAUAAGCUAUUUGAGGGUGGUACCAAUCAGGAAUUUGCUUUUCAUAGGGGCUUUUUUCACUCUUCCACCAAUUCAUUCUGCUUUCUUUUUUUGUGCCUUGUACCCUAGAGGUUAUCUCUGGCAUGCUUCCUGGUUUCUGCAUUUCUCCUGGCAAAAAGUGCCCGUCCCUUUCGUGAAGGCUGCUGCCCGCCCCCUUAACUGACUGUCUCUCUCUCCCUCUCCCUGCACCCGAGACUGCUUCAGAGCAGGCAGGGUAGAGGGGCGGGAGAUCAGGCACCUUUCAGUGGCUCCCGGUUCAGGUGGGCAGUGGCUGGGCACACCCUGUGCCCUACGUGGAGUCAGCCCCAACUUCCAGGGCCCCUGGGGCUCUACGUGUCAGCCCCGUUUCCCAAGGGCUGGCCUCCUUGGUUCAGGACAUGCCCUCACCUCCUGGAGCCGUGGAGACUAGGGGUUUGCAAGCCACAGUAGCCCAGAUGGACAUGCAAAGCCUUUAGAUUCUUCUGGCACUUCCACCCUCUCUCUCCCCCUCUAGCUACCACAGGCACUGCCUUCUCCAGGCCCUCCGUGGACACCAUGACUUGUCUCCUUAGGAUGGUACAGGGCUGGGAAGGUUGGGAGCAGCAGGACUAGCUGGUGCUGAACUCUCUCCCACGGGACAUUGCUUGGAUUUCAAAUCCACGGAAACCUGCUGCCCUUUGUGUUCCCCGUGCCCCCCCACACACCCCCCCCGACACCCCAAGCCCCAGGCAAGAUGCACCUGGCGUGUGGUGUUCUGACUCUCAGAGGCGACAGGUGGAUGGAGUCUCGUUCCCAGCUCGUGCUGUCUGUCGGCCUCCACUGGGGAGCGGACCUUAACGAUUGGGCCUCAAAGGCCAGAAGCAAGGCGCCGCCGCCACCGCCGAGGAACUGGGGAGAUUUGCACACACCCCCAGAAAGGGGCCACGGCGGCUCCCCCUCCCCCUGCCCUCGAUUGCACCGAGACAGCUUUCUCUCACUCAGUGGAGACACCCCUUGGACGAACUGCCAGGCGGCGGCGGCGGCCGUUCAGUUCUGAGGCCUGGUUUGCUCUUAAUUUCCUCCACGGAAUCCUCAGACCUUAAAGCUUCCCUAUGCUUUCUUACUUACUGCACUGGAGCUCUGACUCCCUACGAGUUGUGUGUUUGGGGGGGGGGGCGCGGGGUGUUUUUUGUUUUUGUUUUUGUUUUGUUUGCUCAUUGGUGCAUAUUCAGGUACCAACCUUUCGACGUGUGGAUCUUUCUCCCGACCACCAGGAAAAGUGUCUGCCAGGCUCCAUUUUCUGAGAGUUUGUCUCUGAGGGGAGAGCUCUCACUUCUUUUUCUGUUCUCAAGGGAGCUGUCGUAGUUCCUAUAUACUUCACGAAGAAUCAAAAUGUUCCUGGAGUUUAAAUACCUCAUGCAAAAAAAUAUCUCCUGAAAUAAGGGAAGGAAAAAAAAAAAACUUUGAGAAUCUUAAUGUUGAAGUUAGCGACGCUAAAAUGUUUCUGUCUUAAAAAAAAAAAAUUCUUGUACUUAGCAAUUUUG